AUUUGGUCUUUUACUAGUGUUUAGUUCCCCAACGCAAGCAAGUGAGAACUAGCGGUCCAAAACAGUGAUUCUCCUUUUAUUACAUUCGUGUGCACCCUACAUAGCCGUUUCAGAAAGGUGACGGCGACGGAGGAGCAUCUUCCACCCAUUAAAAGCAACACUCGCGCCUCCAUUCACUAACCCUAAACCCACUCGCGCCUCCAUCCACAAUGCCAAUGGCCUAUUGCAUCUCCCACUUUCCCAAACUCCCACUUCUUCCUUCUUUCCCUCAGUCCCAAAUUCCGUUCCGUUCCCCUAAAACCCUCCGUUCACAAAACGACGCCGUUCCCCCCACCACCCUCCGCGGAUGUCCUCCUCCCACCGCGCGCCUCUACCCCGCGCGUGUGCGAUGCUCCACCGUCGCCGUCGCGGAACCCACCACCGCCCCCCAACUCGGCAAGCGGACGGACAUAAAGAAGAUUCUAAUCCUCGGCGCCGGCCCCAUCGUCAUCGGGCAAGCGUGCGAGUUCGACUACUCCGGCACCCAAGCGUGCAAGGCCCUCCGCGAAGAAGGGUACGAGGUUGUCCUCAUCAACUCCAACCCCGCCACCAUCAUGACCGAUCCUGAAACUGCCGACCGCACCUACAUCACCCCCAUGACGCCGGAGCUCGUCGAGCGCGUCCUCGAAUCGGAGCGUCCCGACGCACUCCUCCCCACCAUGGGCGGCCAGACCGCCCUCAACCUCGCCGUCGCCCUCGCCGAGAGCGGCGCCUUGGAAAAAUACGGCGUGGAACUCAUCGGAGCCAAGCUCGACGCAAUCAAGAAGGCUGAGGACAGGGAACUCUUCAAACAGGCCAUGCAGAAUAUUGGGAUUAAAACCCCUCCCUCCGGUAUUGGCACCACGCUCGACGAGUGCCUCAGCAUUGCCAAUGAUAUCGGCGAAUAUCCAUUAAUUGUGCGGCCGGCGUUUACCCUCGGCGGCACCGGCGGCGGAAUUGCGUAUAACAGGGAAGAUUUGUUGGAAAUUUGCAAGGCUGGGAUUGCUGCUAGUUUGACUAAUCAGGUUUUGAUUGAGAAGUCUCUGUUGGGGUGGAAGGAGUACGAGCUUGAGGUAAUGAGGGAUUUGGCUGACAAUGUUGUUAUCAUUUGUUCCAUUGAGAAUAUUGAUCCCAUGGGGGUGCAUACCGGGGAUUCAAUUACCGUUGCACCAGCGCAGACUCUGACGGAUAAGGAGUACCAGAGGCUGAGGGAUUAUUCAAUUGCUAUAAUUAGGGAGAUUGGUGUGGAGUGUGGAGGGUCUAAUGUGCAGUUUGCGGUUAAUCCCGAGAAUGGUGAGGUCAUGGUCAUUGAGAUGAACCCCAGAGUUUCCAGGUCUUCGGCUCUGGCGUCUAAGGCUACCGGGUUUCCAAUUGCAAAGAUGGCGGCGAAGUUGUCUGUGGGGUAUUCUUUGGAUCAAAUACCAAACGAUAUAACGAAGAAGACACCGGCUAGUUUUGAGCCCUCUAUUGAUUAUGUGGUUACUAAGAUUCCACGGUUUGCUUUUGAGAAGUUUCCUGGUUCUCAGCCAAUAUUGACGACACAGAUGAAAUCUGUUGGUGAGUCAAUGGCUGUAGGGCGAAACUUCCAAGAGUCGUUUCAAAAAGCUGUUCGCUCUCUAGAGUGUGGAUACUCUGGAUGGGGGUGUUCACAAGUGAAGGAGAUGAACUAUGACUUGGAGCAAUUGAAGUAUAGCCUCCGAGUUCCUAACCCCGAGCGCAUUCAUGCCAUCUAUGCUGCAAUGAAAAGAGGGAUGCAUAUUGAUGAAAUCUUUGAGCUGAGUUACAUUGACAAAUGGUUUCUCACGCAGCUCAAGGAGCUGGUUGAUGUGGAAAGUUUCUUGCUGUCUCACAAUUUGUCUGAUUUGACAAAUAUUGAUUUCUAUGAGGUGAAGAAAAGAGGGUUUAGUGAUAAACAGAUAGCAUUUGCAACCAAAUCCACUGAGAAAGAAGUACGCAAUAAGCGGUUGUCUCUGGGUGUUACUCCAGCAUAUAAGCGAGUUGAUACCUGUGCAGCGGAAUUUGAAGCUAAUACUCCUUAUAUGUAUUCUUCUUAUGAUUUUGAGUGUGAAUCAGCUCCCACUACCAGAAAGAAGGUCUUGAUUUUGGGUGGAGGACCAAAUAGAAUUGGUCAAGGGAUUGAGUUUGACUACUGUUGUUGUCAUGCAUCCUUUGCUCUUCAGGAUGCAGGAUAUGAGACAAUCAUGGUGAACUCAAACCCCGAGACAGUCUCCACAGAUUAUGACACUAGUGAUCGCCUAUACUUUGAACCCUUGACUGUUGAAGAUGUUUUGAACAUUAUUGAUUUGGAAAGGCCUGAUGGUAUCAUUGUACAAUUUGGAGGUCAAACACCAUUGAAGUUAUCUCUCCCCUUACAACAAUACCUUGAUGAACACAAGCCAGCAUGUGCUAGUGGGGUUGGUCAUGUACGCAUUUGGGGAACAUCUCCUGAUUCCAUAGAUAUUGCUGAGGACAGAGAGAGGUUCAAUGUGAUGCUUCAUGAACUAAAGAUUGAACACCCAAAAGGAGGAAUUGCUAGGAGUGAAACUGAUGCACUUGCCAUUGCAGCAGAUAUUGGAUACCCAGUUGUUGUUCGUCCUUCUUAUGUUUUGGGUGGUCGAGCAAUGGAGAUUGUGUAUACUGAUGAUAAGCUGGUCACUUACCUUGAAAAUGCUGUUGAGGUGGAUCCAGAACGCCCUGUAUUAAUUGACAAGUAUUUAUCUGAUGCCUGUGAGAUUGAUGUUGAUGCACUGGCUGACUCACAAGGUAAUGUAGUCAUUGGUGGGAUAAUGGAGCACAUUGAACAGGCUGGGAUACAUUCUGGUGACUCUGCCUGCUCUAUUCCCACCAGAACUGUUCCUUCUUCUUGCUUGGAGACAAUCAGGUCGUGGACAGAAAACUUGGCUAAACAGUUGAAUGUUUGUGGGCUCAUGAAUUGCCAGUAUGCAAUAACUCCGUCAGGGGAUGUAUUUUUGCUAGAGGCCAACCCUCGAGCUUCUCGUACAGUUCCAUUUGUAUCCAAAGCAAUUGGCCAUCCCUUGGCUAAAUAUGCUUCCCUUGUCAUGUCUGGAAAGACCCUCUGUGAUUUACAGUUUACAAAAGAAGUUAUCCCUAAAUAUGUGUCUGUAAAGGAAGCAGUUCUUCCAUUUUCAAAGUUUCCAGGCUGCGAUGUGUUUUUAAGUCCUGAGAUGCGAAGCACUGGUGAGGUCAUGGGUAUUGAUCCUUCAUAUAAUAUUGCAUUUGCUAAGGCUCAAAUUGCUGCUGGCCAGAAGUUACCACUUUCUGGUACUGUGUUCCUUAGCUUGAACGACUUAACAAAGCCACAUCUUCAGAAGAUAGCAAAGGCUUUUGUUGAGAAUGGUUUCAAGAUUGUUGCUACCAGUGGAACAGCUCAUGUUCUUAACUUAGCUAAAAUUCCAGCAGAGCCUGUGCUGAAGUUGCAUGAAGGGAGGCCUCAUGCUGGUGACAUGAUAGCCAAUGGAGACAUUCAGCUGAUGGUGGUAACCAGUUCAGAUGAUGCACUUGAUCGGAUAGAUGGUCUGGCCCUCAGAAGGAUGGCUUUGGAUUACAAGGUUCCUAUUGUGACAACAGUUAAUGGAGCUCUGGCGACUGCUGAAGCUAUAAACAGCUUGAAGGCCAACUCUAUCAAAAUGAUCGCUCUUCAGGACUUCAUUGAUGGUGAAUUUAAAGAGUGAGAGUUUUUGCAGACAACCACUUACUUUCUGAAUUGGUUAGGCGUUAGACACCAGUAAGCACCUGUGUUUUCUCUUUGUAUUUGGUACUACUAAUUUAUGCCCUUUCAAGUCUUUUUGCCUACAAAACCUCCAUUCUUUCAUCUUUCUAUUUGAGAUAAAUUAUUAGAUAGUAUUUGCGAUGUGUUGCAUAUUUUGAAUCGUUUUGGAUUGCUCUCCUCCACUAAGAAUAUAUACGUAUUGUUAUCAUCUAUGGUUUUGUAUAUUGACUGGGCUAUUGCUGCUUACCGUGAGAUUGCACAAGUUGCUAGAUUUGGGAGUGGCGGAAGAAUUGCUUUGGGAUGCUUUCAUUUGUUGAGUAAAGUGUCCAGAUUAGAUAUGUAAGGUCAUGUAGUCUGUCCUGACUCCUGAUAUAUAGCAUUUUUGUGCUUUUGUGUAAACGAUUUUGUAGUAUUUGGAUUUCUACAGCUUAUUAA